AUGGCCGAGAUACAUCGAGAGGGAAAAGAAAAGAUGGCUGAAGCCGUCGUCCCUGCUACGGGAGCAGUGGGAAGGGAAAACAAGCCGCAGAACCAGGAGGAAAAGCCUGGCUUUGCCCAACUGUUUAUCAAGCUCGCGGUGCUGUACAUGAGUUUCAUGUUCUUCUCGAAGCAGUUUCAGACGCACCAGAUUAAGGAGGCGGUGGCGAUCAUGAAGGAGAGCGAGCAGGACGAGGUCUCGCAGGUCCUCAAGCCGCUGCCCAAGGGGGAGGAGAGCGACGUAAACUGGAUGAAGGAAGCGAUGGGUCUCCAGAGCAGCAGGAUCCCGCAGUUCCCCGAGUACGACGCUCGCGGGAGGCAGCUAUCGGUCCAUCGGUGCACCUUUAACAGGGGGCAAAAAGUCGAUUUACAUGUGUAUAUGUCCGGUUCGGAAGACGAGGCGAGCGUGUGGGAGACACAGGGGGAGGAAGCGGGGGAGCGGGGGGCGGGACCGGAAGGGGAGGAGGGGACAGCAAACAGCUUACCCGCCAGGUUGUUGUGGCACGAGAGCAACCUGGUUUUUGCGGGAGAGGCCGGCGACAUGACUAGGAGCACCACUCUGAAGCUGGACCUGCCUCCGAUGCUCUUGAACAACGGCUCCGCAUGGGCGCACGUUUUCUUGACCAAGAAAGGACACUCCCCGAACCCUAACGACCCCGACUACAAGGACUCGGGAGUCUCCCACCAGACCGCCCAGCUCAACAGGUACCUCCCCAAGCCCAAGAACAAAGACGGGCACUACCUCGUCGACUCAAAGAAGUCUGCCGCCGACGCCGCGGUGGAGAAGGAGAGGAAGGAGUUGGACGAGAAGGAGGCGGCGGUGGCCUUAGCGGGGGCGGACAGAGAGAUGAUCAACUACUGGAAGCCUACGCUGACGUUGGGGCAGCUGGACUUCACGGCGAUAUUUCAGCGCAACCACAUCCCGUCUUCCUUCGCGGGGCACAUCACCUUCCAGUCAUCUACGGGCAACUACCACCCGGUGCUCUACGUGAACGAGUUCUGGCUGCAGCAGAAGCACCUAUUGGCCCUCAACUCGACGGUGGAGUCGGUAGACCUGGAGCUCAGCAUCUCUCCCAUCAGCCUCUGGAAGUUUCAGACAAUGUCGCAGCUGGAGAGCCAGUGGGCGGCUCAGGCCAAGAUCGGCAUGGCGGGGGACGGCGAACAAGAUACCUUCAGGGAGCUGCUGGCGGAGACCAACCCAAUCGUGCUGGUGAUCACCAUGAUCGUCUCGCUCCUGCACUCGGUGUUCAACUUCUUGGCGUUCAAGAACGACAUCUCCUUCUGGAAGGACAAGAAGAGAUCGUUGGAAGGCAUUUCCGUGCGGGGUAUGCUAGUCAACCUGUUCUUCCAGGCGGUGAUCUUCCUCUCCCUGGCGGACAACGACACGACUUACAUGAUUCUCGUCACCAACGCGAUAGGGUUGGCCAUCGAGGUUUGGAAGGUGGGUAGGUUUAUGGUCGGGCGGCUGGACUGGGGUGGCGAGGACGGACAGCCUCGCCGAUGGGUCCCAAGGAUGAUGUUCCAGGCUAAGGAGAGCUACCGCAAGAGCAAGACGAAGGAGUUCGACGACGUCGCGACGGCGCACCUGCUGUACCUGGUGGGCCCGCUCAUGGUCGGCUACGCCGCUUACUCGCUGCUGAACCAGCAGCACCGGGGGUGGUACAGCUGGGUGCUCAACUCUCUCGUCGGCUUCGUGUACAUGUUCGGGUUCGUCAUGAUGACGCCCCAGCUCUUCAUCAACUACAAGCUGAAGAGCGUGGCGCACAUGCCCUGGAGGGUGAUGUCGUACAAGUUCAUCAACACGUUCAUCGACGACCUGUUCGCCUUCAUCGUGCCCAUGCCCAUCAUGCACCGCCUGGCGUGCUUCCGGGACGACAUCAUCUUCUUCAUCUUCCUCUACCAGCGGCACCUCUACCCCGUGGACAAGGCGCGCCGAAACGAGUACGGUCAGUCGGCCAAGAUGUCGGCCGACGCGGAAAAGAUCCGCGAAGCGCAAGUAGCCCCCGAGCCGGGGGGGGUCAGAGUACCAACGCGGUGGAAAAGGGACAAGGCGAGUUUGUCGUCGCUCCCUUCUGGGGGUUUUUUUUAG